UUCCCAUGUUCCCGGUGUCUGUGUCCUAGCAUUGCCAUGCAGGAGCGAGGGAGCAGAUGGAAAGGAGGAAGCACUAGAGAGGGGCCGGAGGGUUUUCUCCUUGACGGUAUUCAUCUGGGCUUGGGCUUGGUACUCAGUUCAGACCCUGAUAAGCAGGGUCAUGGUGUCAGAGACCACCCCCCCAUCUCACCACAGUGCCUGCUCCCUGCCCGGCCCUGUGCUGGUGUCCUCAGCACCCACAACUGCCUCGGCCUGGCUCCUGCUGCAGAGCUCCCUGUCUUGGGGGGAGACAACAAGGAAACAGGCCAUUACAGGACAGGGGAGAAGUACCAGGGUGGGCGGCACCUAAGAAAUUCUUUGGCUCAGGGAGGGCUUCCUGGAAGAGGAGUUUUGUAUGCUCAGGGCAGGAGGAUGAAUUAGCAAUCUGCCAGAUAAAGUCAGGGGAGAAGUGUCACAGGGUGUGGAGUUGCCCAAAGGCAAUACAGUGUGGGAGAGAGGAAGUGAAAUUCUGUGCAGCAGAGGUGCCAAAGGGAGGUGGGGAGGUGGGUAGUGACAGCAAAGGAGCCUGAGGUGACACAUGGUGGGCCUGGAUUCUGUCCCAGGGCGAGUAAGGAGCCACGGAAGGUUUUCAUCUGGUGGUGACAUGGUGAGAGUCACAUGGUAAAAAGACCCUCCGGUUGCUGUGUUGAGGAAUGGAGGCCAGCAGGGGAACAUUCUAGGCCCUCCCUGGGUGUGUGUGGGGAAGAGGAAGGCGACCUUUUAAGAGGACUGUAUUGAAGGGUAGGAUUGGUGGGGAUGGUGUAUGAGGGUCUCCACGUAGCAUCUGUGAAAGGCCAGGGUCCUGACUUGGGAUUUUCUGGGCCUCGGUGACACCACAAAGGUGAUACCACAAGCCUGGGUGGCUCUGAAGACCUUCCCAGCCCAGGGGCCAUAGUGGCUGCCUCUAUCGGGAUCCAUUCAAGUGCCACUGUCCCCCUCCUGUCCCUCUCCUUGCUUCCCUCUGGGGUGUCAGACCCCCUGGCUGUGGGGGCCCGGAGGCGCUGGGGGACUCCAGAGAAGCCUGGGGCUGUCUGCAUCUCCGCCUGAGUCACACUGAGAAUUCAACAACCAUUACCUGAGCAUCUGCUGUGGGCCGGGCUGUGGGCACUGGGGAUGCUUCAGAGGACGAGGCCAAAUCUCUGCUGCCAUGGAGCUGGCACUGAAUGAGUCUCAGCCCAGAGGGCACCUUCUGCAAAUAUGUCCGUGGAUCCCUUAUCCAGCAAAGCCCUGAAGAUCAAGCGUGAGCUGAGCGAGAACACGCCGCACCUGUCGGACGAGGCGCUGAUGGGGCUGUCGGUGCGCGAGCUGAACCGGCACCUGCGCGGGCUCUCGGCCGAGGAGGUGACGCGGCUCAAGCAGCGGCGCCGCACGCUCAAGAACCGCGGCUACGCGGCCAGCUGCCGCGUGAAGCGCGUGUGCCAGAAGGAGGAGCUGCAGAAGCAGAAGUCGGAGCUGGAGCGCGAGGUGGACAAGCUGGCGCGCGAGAACGCAGCCAUGCGCCUGGAGCUCGACGCGCUGCGCGGCAAGUGCGAGGCGCUGCAGGGCUUCGCGCGCUCCGUGGCCGCCCGCGGGCCCGCAGCCCUCGUGGCGCCCGCGAGCGUCAUCACCAUCGUCAAGUCGGCCCCCGGGCCCGGUUCGGGCCCCGCCCCCGCCCCCGGGCCCGGCCCCGCCGCCUGCUCCUAGUGCCCGCCCGGCCCCGCCCCGUCUCCAAGCCACGCCCCUCCGAGCCCCCGCUUCCUUCCCAAAGUGCCUAAGCGUGGUCUCUGUUCCCCAGGUGUCAUUUCUCUGCAGCCACCGGACCCUGUGUUGAGCACCUGUUCCCUCCCGAGCCUGCUGUCUUCCUCGUUGUGGCCCCUAUAACUGGGACCUACUAGGUGGCCCUGGGGUGGGACAACUUUGAUGAGAAUGGUAGGGUGGGGUUGGAGUCUGGGGUUUCUUUUGGCUGGAAGUCCAGCAGUCUUAGACUGGGAGGAUGGGAGGGUGGGAUACAGAGCGGAUUAGAGAAGGGCUGUCCGGGAGGAGGGCCACCCCUCAUUUUGUAAACUGUUUGCUCAGAUCGCGCCAUAGCCCCUCGCAUCUUCCCAGAUUCAGGACCAAAUUUGGCUCUACGUGUGUCUCCUGGGGCUAGGAAGCUAAUGCUCCCAUCUCUGCUUUGGGCCCGGGGGUGCCUGGCUUUCCAAAGCUGGGAGAAGCAUCAGGAAUCACCUAGUGAAAGCCAGUUAACAGAAGGGGAAACAGGUCUCCAGCAGACAUGCCAGUGCCCAAGGCCUUCUAUGGUUAGUGGUUGGGCUGGAAAAGUCAGGUCUCCUUACCCUGCCCUGAGAGAUUCCAACCGGAUGACCCAGCCCCGAGAUUCCAGGGGAUCCAGCGGAGGAUCCAGCUAGGGUUGCCAGGGGGAUUAUGGACAUGGACUGGAAAGGAUGAUGGGAGGGCCUCCCUGGCCCAGGAGCCGCUUCUGUGAGUUAGGGGAAGAGAAGUAGAGGGCCUGAGAAGGUGAUCCAGAUGGAAGAGAUGGAAGGAGCUGGCCAGCCAAAGAGAAAGGGGACCAAGGAGGUGACCAUCCAUUGUGGCAGGUGGGAAGAUGAGAAGAUAGGUCCUGAAGUCUUGCAGCCAGGGGUGGGGGUCCCACCAGAAGGGAAGGAUCCCAUCCCUCCCCCUGGGAGUGUCCACUGUGGCUUGGGGGCCGGCCACUGCCACUGAUUGCCAUUCUCCUGGGAAGCCCAGCCCUGGCCUCUUCCCCCACCCUGUAUACAGCUGUUUAUUUAUUGCACCGAAUCUAAGUUAUUCUCCCCAGCCAGAAACCUAGCACCCACUCCCUGGGAGAAGUGUAUGGCCCUGUGCUGGACUUUAUAUUUUAUAUCUGCAAAUAAAUCACAUUUUAUCUUAUAUUUAGGGAAAGCCGGAUGGCAACAACCAAAAAAAUGUUGAAAAAAAUAUUUGCCCGGCCCCCAGAUUUUAUUUAUUUUCUGACUUACAGUAAGCGAGUUAUCCGCCUUCUGUAUUUUGUAGACUUUCUGAAUAAAGUCAAGUUCUCUUUUUCCACA